AAUACCAACAAAACCUCUACGAACCAUGUGCUUUCAAACAUGAGUCAACCAAUCAAUACCAACAAAACCUCUACGAACCAUGUGCUUUCAAACAUGAGUCAACCAAUCAAUACAAACAAAACCUCUACGAACCAUGUGCUUUCAAACAUGAGUCAACCAAUCAAUACCAACAAAACCUCUACGAACCAUGUGCUUUCAAACAUGAGUCAACCAAUCAAUACAAACAAAACCUCUACGAACCAUGUGCUUUCAAACAUGAGUCAACCAAUCAAUACCAACAAAACCUCUACGAACCAUGUGCUUUCAAACAUGAGUCAACCAAUCAAUACAAACAAAACCUCUACGAACCAUGUGCUUUCAAACAUGAGUCAACCAAUCAAUACAAACAAAACCUCUACGAAC